UCCCGUUGCUACCGGGGAACAGGAUAUAAAUACUCGCGACGGAACAACAUGCCGCUUCGCUCUCUGUGCCUUACCUCGAUCAAGUCAUAAGUGCACGUUUAAACGCGCUUUAGCGUUCUACCUACAGUAUUUCACUCGUGCGCGGAUUCAUCGGAAAUUCGCAGGAAAGAUGCCUGUCCUGUGCAACAGCUGUGCCGAGAAACGUGCAGUCCUGAAACGUCCAAAAACUGGCCAUUCCUUGUGUAAGGAGUGCUUCUUCUGGGCCUUUGAGGAGGAGGUGCAUCAGACAAUUGUGGCAGCAAAGUUGUUCAAACCUGGGGAGAGUGUAGGAAUCGCUGCCUCUGGAGGAAAGGACUCCACGGUGCUCGCGCAUGUCAUGAAACUCCUAAAUGAGCGAUACAAGUAUGGCCUUGAGCUGACGCUGCUUUCUGUGGACGAGGGAAUCACGGGUUACCGAGAUGACUCCUUGGAGACGGUAAAGAGGAAUCAGCAACAGUAUGAGCUGCCGUUGAAGAUAGUGUCAUAUGAGGAGCUGUAUGGAUGGACAAUGGAUGCUAUAGUUAAGCAGGUGGGACUAAAAAAUAACUGCACCUUCUGUGGCGUCUUCAGACGACAGGCACUAGACAGAGGAGCCAUCAUGCUGAAAGUGGACAAGAUAUGUACAGGUCACAACGCUGAUGAUGUGGCAGAAACCGUUCUGAUGAACGUUUUGCGAGGGGACAUCGCCAGAUUGCGCCGCUGCACUGCCAUCUCCACGGCCAGCGAGGGUGACGGGGUUGUUCCACGUUGCAAGCCCCUCAAAUAUGCAUAUGAGAAAGAAAUAGUUUUGUAUGCUUACUUCAAGAAGUUAGAUUACUUUUCCACUGAAUGCAUCUACUCUCCCAAUGCCUACCGUGGCUAUGCUAGGACGUUCUUAAAGGACCUAGAGAGUGUACGGCCCAGCUCCAUCAUGGACAUCAUUCACUCUGGAGAGAACCUGUCUGUGAAGGAGGGAGUAAGGAUGCCUGUGCAGGGAACCUGUAGCCGCUGUGGGUAUAUCUCCAGCCAGCCAUUGUGCAAGUCAUGUGUUCUCCUGGAGGGCCUGAACCGCGGCCUCCCAAAGCUGGGUAUAGGCAAGCAUCACCGCUUUCAUGAGAAAAUCCUCUCCCAGCAGCCAUUUACUGAGAAGGAAGAAAAGAAGCUGAAAUCUGUAGAGUUUUGAUGUUGGUCAUCAAACAUUUUAUUUUAGAAUAAUACAAUGAAAUGAUUUAUCAUCGAACAUUUUAUUUUAGAAUAAUGCAAUGAACUUUGAGAAUAAAAUGUUUUAUACUGCUGUUUUUAUUCAUCAUAAAUGAACAUUUAAUGUUUAUUUCAUGUUUGUUUCAGUAACACAUUUACAGCUCUUAUAAAGAAUCACAAGGUUGUAUGUUUAUAAACUAUGCAUGUGCCCAGUUGUUUUUCUGCAAAACUUUUUGUUUUAUAGAAAAAGGUCACAGUCAACAAUUGAAAAUGUUUUAUCGUUUCAACAAUUGAAAAUGUUUUCUGAACUAUAAAUCAUUAAAUAAACUAUGCAUUGUG